AUGAAGAAUCAUAGUAUUGAAAACAACAACACGACGAAAGAAAAUCAGAAAUUUUCUGCUACGACUAUUAAUCAAUCCCAAUCUCAACAUUUCCAAAUUCUAACAUCUUCUCCAACUUGUGGACCCUACUCGUUUGAAAAUUGUGUUGCUAUUGGUCAUCAUCAACCACAAGACAAAGAAUUGGAAAUCACCGAUACUUUAUCAUCUGCCCAUGUACAUGCAUCCCCAUCCUCUUUUUCAUCAUUAUCGGUAACGAUAGCAACAGAAACACCGUCCAAGCUACCUUCCCAAAACACCUCUGAAUUAACUUCUAAAAGCUCCUUAUUUGAAACAAACAACGCAAGCGUCCACCAUAGAAAUACUCAACUUGAACCCACGCUAAAGACUUCAUCAAACUUUACGGAAGCAUUCAAUCGUGAUGAUGAGGAAGAGAAGAAGAAUAAGGAUACAGAAGUUCUACCUCCCCUUUCAUUGACUCGAGCUCUUGUAGUCCAAAACCAUGAUGAUGAAGUACUACUACACAACAAAACCUUCUCCUCAUCAAAUAGGUCGACAAAAGCAUCCUCUUUUUCCCAACAGCAAGCCAACCAAUUAUCACCAAAUCCAACUCUCCUGCCAGCAUUAUCAUCACUCCAUGAUGAUGUUGUUGUUCCCAAUGAUGAUAACCGUUACAAAGCCCCAAAUAUGUGUUCGCUAAAUCCGGUUACCACUGUGCCUAGUUCCAAUAUGCCUUUCUCCGUUCCUUCUUCAUGCUCAGCACAAAUUUUUAUUAAUUCAGAGAUGGACAGUGCGAUGGAUACCUCCACGGUAACUGCUGAUUCAACACGCUCAAGCCAAGAAAAAACAAAAUCCACUCCAACUACUAAUACGUUCAUGCUACUUGACGAUCCUAACCCCUCCUUUUUGAAAUCUUACAAGGCCACGAGCAAAACAACAGCGACGACCACAACUCUCCAAUCUGCAUCUGCCUCUCCAUCCCUGAACAACAUGUUCACAACAAACAGUGUUGGUAGUCAAAACAGUUCUAGCUCUGGCACCCAUCCAACAACACCUUCGUCGUCACCGAGAAAACAGUUCCAUUCUACAACAACAAGUGCAAAUUAUAUGCCAUUGAACAGUACAACGAGUGGCGCAGCAGACUCCUCACCACCUCUUGCUGCAUCUUGCUCGUCAUCGCCCUCUCUGCAAAACCAAAACGAUUGGUCAACGACUCCAACUCCACGAUCGUUGAAUGUAAUGCAUGCAAUUCGAACUGUUUCCGCAUCUCAGAUGCAUCAUGCAGUAGAUGAGAACCAUUCACCGAUGAAUCAUUGCUCGAAUUCGACCAUUCAUAGUAUGGCAAACACACUGAGAACUAGUCCUCCACGCGAGGGAAGUGGCACUACUACAACCGUCUCAGAGUUUCCUUACCAACAACAUCAUGUGGUUGCACGUCAUCUCGAUCACAUUGAACAAGAAUCCAUACUUUCAGAUCACCACUCGACAUGUAUGAUAACGACAAAGCAAGAAUCCUCCACUUUAAUACCCAACGCAGAUAACAUAAUGAACAAUUUGAGGGCAAAUCCAAAUUCAUCCAAAACGAUCAGCUCUAAUAUGUCCACAACCACAUUAUCACAUGCAUUGAAACAGCAACCAAUGGCAUCUACCAUGGACACCGGCCAUGAUUAUUUCUUGUCUUCAUCAAGUACAACAAAAAAACAGUUCAUGCAUUCUUCAACUAGUACAAACGAUGUCUCAACCUCGUACAUGACAUCUACUGCUUCACCUGCCUCGCCCGCGACCACUAUCACCACCACCACUAAUACAAUCACUCAUCCUCCAUUACUACCUUCAUCAUUCAAUGAUUCACCUAGACGACACGGACAACCCUACAACAAGACAUCUUUUCAGAAUCCCACUGUGGUCAGUGGAAUUGGUGGUGGUGGGGACAUGACAUCUCCUUCUACUAUCGCAGAUAAUGCUACAGUUGACCCAACAUUGCUGCAAGAUAGGUUUAUUAACUCCAAAUUAAGUAAACCCAAAAGUGCUUCCGAGGAGAAACUUUAUACAACAACACCAGUGCCAACAAGGAGUGAAGCUAAUAUCAUGCAUGUUGUUGAGUCAUCUACUGCCAAUGAAACUCCUCACCAACAUGCUCAUCUACAUGCACAUGAAGAAACCACCGAUCAGCACUCCCAUGAAGAUGAAACCACAAGCGAACGAGAUCGCCUCUCAAGACGGUCCUCCAUUGUUGAAUCCAUUGCAGCGGAGGAUGAAGGUGUUGAACAUGCAACCACUCCUGUGAAAAAACCACCUCACAAAAAGAAGGGUCCUAAAAAGAGAGAAAUCUCUCGACAAGACAUGGAGAAGUAUUUUCAUGUUUCUCAAACGGUAGCUGCCAAGUUAUUAGGAGUUUCUGUGAGCACUCUUAAAAGGAGAUUUUAUGAAGAAUUUAACAUGAAAUGGCCCUACGUGCCAACGAAACAACUCACUUCAACAUCGACCAGUUCUUCACUCGCCAAAAGAAAGCACAGUAAAUCGUCGGCUUCUUCCUCAGCUACUACGACUGGAGGAGCAGAUCAUCACUCGGAGGAUGCAUCAACCCCGAUUUCAGCCGAAGACCAAGACUCUCCAAAACGAAAGAAGUUGGUGACCAGUAGUGACAUGCAAUUCUCGUCUUCAACAGCUUUUCGAAAGCCGUCCAUUGGUUCAGCACAAACAGAUUCUGCAUCGAGUUCUGGAGAAUCUAAUCCAAUGAAGGUGCGUCAAAGGAUUGAUCCUAGUCAUACAUUUAUGGAUAGUACUCAACAUGCAAUGCAUCAAUCUUUGAAUGUACCUUCUCAUCAUCAACAACAACAACAACGAAUAGUACUAGAUCAAGAACGAUCAGAUUUAUCAUACCCACGCUAUGAAAUUCAUCAUCACCCUCAACAGCACCGUCAGCAACACACUCACCAUUAUUAUCAUCCUCAACAUUAUCAUCCACAUGAACAUUUGGAACCUCAUCAGCAACAACACGCUUAUUAUCAAGAUGGUGAAGUUUCAAAGGGAUCUUCCUCUUCGUUUAUUCAACGUCCUUAUCCUCAUUCAAGUCAUUAUGUUGACAAACGUAUUGCUUCUUCUCGUUUGCAUUCACAACAACGACAGUAUGAAAUUUCUUCUCCUAGCUCACAUCACUUUCAACAUACACCUGUACAUUCAAUACAACACUCUUCUCAAUCUUCACUCAAUCAAACAACCCAACAUUAUGCUCCAUUUCAAACUUCCGUCAUGAAUCAACCUAGAAAGUCACUCUCGGAUACCUUUCUGCAUUUUAAUCCACCCAUUAUUCCUUUGAAUCGUAGAGCUUCUGAAUUGCUUAAUAAUGAAUUAAUAGGAGCUUCAUCAUCCUCGAAUACCACUCCUUCAACCUCUAGGAAUAUGAGUGAAACAGAAGACAUUGCAGCACAUCAAAUUACCUUACCACCCAUUUCCUCCUUACGUCAUCACCAAGAUCGAUUGUGA